AAGUAUACUAUGGAUAUACAACGCGAUCCCGUCUCGAUUCCCCGGCGCCCAGGCCCCUAAAGAUGCCAAAGAGAUUGUAAUCGCUUGCCCUUAUCUAGCUUUUCGUUUGUUAUAAUUCGUCAUUUUGUUGGGAGCGGUAGGAACAAUCCACGUAGCAGCCCGUUGACGUUUGGCUUUGCCCAGGCCGAAAGUGCUCCCAUUCCGAAUUCUGUGGCAGUGGGAUUUGUUAAUGAGAGACGAGCUACUCACUCGGACUGUGACCAAUGUUUAUGUUGGUUUUAUUCUGUCUUGUGUGCCAAUACCUUUCCAGAUUGAGUCUUAUAUAUGGUGGGAUGGUGAAGCCAGUGUAAUGAGUGGGAACAAAAUCCAGCAUUGUCGUGCGAGGAUCCCUAUUCGUUGUUGUGUGAUCCGACAUCUCGUUCCAGAAUCUAAUUAUCAUUGUCGUACAGUGGAGUUGUUGAUCUUUGAUUAUGUUCCCCAAUUGUGUGGGUAGUUCAUCUUCGUCUUCGCCUUCGAUCUCUUUUGGAAUGUGUUCCGCAGCCUCGGCCCUCUCCCUCUCCAAUGUGCUCUCCACCUCCCCAAGUUUGAGUGGUUCGCCAGCCACUUUGGUUCCCUCCCCAAGGAACCAUAAAACAAACACAACCACAUCAGUCCCAUCCUCGCAUUCACUAGCCUCCGAUUUAUCCAACACUUAUGGAACCCAACUUGGGUACUAUGGGGGCUCUGCGGCCUCUGUGCCCGGAGACUACUACCCACAUCCAGCCAUGUACCAUCACAAUCCCUCGUCUAAUGCCAUGGAUAACUGGCAUCAUCCCUACAAUCCGUUGGGCCACUUCUAUCGAGGCUAUGAAGCGGCUGCCGCCAUGGCAGAGUGGCCCAUGGUACACGCCCAGACCGCAUCUCAUGAGCAAUUGAACGGAGUGGGCAGUACGGCAGACCUCCUCAAUUCGGGUCCGACCGAUCCUUAUGGUUAUCGUCUUUCAUCCGAUGUGAGCAUUGGCAACCACCCCAGCCCACGAUCCCCGCCCGAGUACAAAACAAUUAGAGAUUCAGAUCGACAUCUCGACCAUGGGGUGAAUGGGGCAUCGUCGCGGGUCAGUGCUCAAGACUUGAAUAAUUUGACCGGAGUUCCAUUGGGCUCAAACAAUGGCAUGAAUGGAUCUACCAGUGGCGGAGUCGAGUCUGGGCCCUCUUCUCAAUCCCCCAGGGAUAUGAUUGGCGAGGACUCUCUCAAAUGUGAUGGACCCGACUCUCCUGGGAGUGUCGAGAAUGACUCGAUGCUCCACUCUAGAGCAAUGCAAUCCAGUUCUCCUUACAAAUGGCUUGAUCGGUCUGGCUAUCAGCAACGCAUUGGAGCCAAAGAAGGUGCGACCCUGCUUUCGCAUUCAAGUCGGACGAGAACAAAGGACAAAUAUCGAGUGGUGUACAGUGACCAUCAGCGUUUGGAAUUGGAGAAAGAAUUUCACUACAGUCGUUACAUCACAAUUAGGCGAAAAGCGGAAUUGGCUCAAGCUUUGAAUCUCUCCGAACGACAGGUGAAAAUAUGGUUCCAAAAUCGAAGAGCAAAGGAAAGAAAACACAUGAAGAAACGAGAUGAGAUCAUACAAAAAGAGAAGUUAGAUGCUGCCUCUAGUCUGCAUGCGGUCACAGCUGCGGCUGCAGGGCAUCAUGCGGCGGUGGCCGCCUCUGCCAACCAUAUGUUUGCCAUGGGACCAAUGAGUCAUAUGCUUCAUCCUGGAAUGCCACCCCAUCUCUGAUAUUCAAAAGACUUGAUCGAAAGUCCACGCGAACCCAUCCACUUCUUGCCAGCCGGCUCUAUGAAGACUAUGAGUCGGCCGGAAGGUCAAGCAAGCAAGUCAGCUUCCUUCUGCCAGAGAGCUCGGUGAGCUUUAGGAAAAAGCUUCCUAUCCCAACCACUUGCCACAUUUCAUCCGUCCUGGUGAACCCUUCAAUUCAUGAUAUUCCAUUGAUAGAAUUAUGGAACUGAUGCACCUAAACGAUUACUUUCAAACAGCAGCAACAAAAACAAAAACAGCGACGAUGACUACAAAUUACGAUAGAGAAUACCUACUGCAGCCAAAUUGAAAAUAAAAAUGACAUCGGUAAUAUGUA